GGUGUCUGCUCCUGCACCGACAGCAGGACCGAAAUCGAAGGAGUCCCGGUCGAUCCGUUACGUUUCGCUCGUCUCUCCCACUCUCAUCCCGGACACCGCGGUUUCCUCUGCGGGUCGUGCGCCUUUUCACGCAGUCGUGUUGGAGGACCGAUCGCUGGAGUGCGGGGGGAUUUCCCACCGAGAGGGGGACGAGGGAGGAAGGGCAGGUCCCUCAUCAACACCACUUUCACUCUCUUCAUCGUUUCCAAACAUCAACACCAUCAGGCGUGUCUGCGCUCCCUAGACACAUACCGGAACACUAAACCAGCAGCUGCACCGAACACAAUGCAUCGCGUAGACCUCAACCCAAGCCCGGACGCCGUCUGAUGUAGCACGGCUUAUUAUUUAUUUAAUUUCUGAUCUGGAAAUUUCUUGACUUUGUUGAGAGAGCGAGAGUGAGCGCGCGCGCACUGCGGCCUUGCAUCCAGCGGAAUGAACGAUGCAGACUUCACCAGCAAACUGAUUUAACACCCCAUUUCCCACGGAUGUCCGCGUCACCGCGUCACACAGCGUCUCUUUUCUCCGAUCUGCGUGUUUUUAUGGGAGUGACGGACAGCUAGUAGCCGAGACAAAAUGUGGAAGUGGAGGCGGCUGAUGCGGUUGUCCAACCGCUCCUUAAUGGCCUUCAUCUUUUUCUUCUCCAUGUCCACGACCUGCCUCUACUUCAUCUAUGUGGCUCCCGGAAUAGUCAACACAUAUUUCUUUAUGGUGCAGGCUCAGGGUAUCAUGCUACGAGACAAUGUGCGAACAAUUGGUCACAUGAUCAGGCUAUACACCAAUAAGAACAGUACUUUUAACGGCACAGAUUAUCCAGAUGGAAAUAACUCUAGUGACUACAUCGCUCAGCCAACCACAUACCUCCCUGAGAACUUCACAUAUGCUCAGAACCUGCCCUGUCCCGAAAGGUUACCUUCUAUGAAGGGUCAGAUGGAAGUGAACAUGACAGAGGUUCCUUUAGAGGAAAGCGAACUGAGGCUCAAAAAUCUGGAUGUUCGAUUUGGAGGCCACUGGAAGCCCAAAGAUUGCAAACCACGCUGGAAGGUGGCCAUUUUAAUUCCCUUUAGGAAUCGCCAUGAGCAUCUUCCCAUUCUCUUUCAGCACCUCGCCCCUAUGCUCCAACGCCAACGCUUGCAGUUUGCCUUUUAUGUCAUUGAACAGACGGGUACUCAGCCGUUUAACCGUGCCAUGCUGUUUAACGUGGGCUUUAAAGAGGCCAUGAAAGACCUGGACUGGGACUGUGUGGUGUUUCACGACGUCGAUCACAUCCCAGAAAACGACCGUAAUUAUUACGGUUGUGGUCAGAUGCCUCGACACUUCGCCGCCAAGCUUGACAAGUACAUGUACAUUCUUCCGUAUAAUGAGUUUUUUGGUGGAGUCAGUGGACUUACUGUCAAACAAUUCCUCAAGAUCAAUGGCUUUCCUAAUGCAUUCUGGGGCUGGGGUGGAGAGGACGAUGACCUCUGGAACAGGGUUCAUUACGCAGGUUUCAAUGUGACCAGGCCAGAAGGUGAUAUUGGGAAAUACAAAUCUAUCUCCCAUCACCACAGAGGAGAGGUGCAGUUCCUGGGGAGGUACAAGUUGCUGCGGUACUCUAAAGAACGCCAGCAUCUGGACGGCUUGAACAAUCUGCAGUACUCUCCGGAGAUCUCUCUGAGCAGCCUGUAUAAGAACAUCACGGUCAAUCUGAAUCCUGAGCUGGCCCCCAUAGCAGAAUACUGACAGGCUGUGACCCCCACCCCCCACCCCUGAGUCAAAAAAAUGUGAUGUAUUGAUGCCGAAUGCCCUUAAAACAGAAGCGAGAAGGGCAGAGGCCUGUCUAAUGCACAGCUGGUUGUGUGUGUGUGUGUGUGUGUGCGUAUGUACUGGAUCAUAUCUGUGAAAGUGUAUUAGCGUGACUGCGCGCGUUUAAUUGCAUGUUCCUAUGUCCAUGCUGGCUUUAACGAAUCCGAUCACAGCACAUUUCAAAAAAGGUGGGGAGUGCCAGCGUCAACAAAUCAGAUGUUUACUGCGAAGCCUUAACUGAAUUUUAUAGGCUAUCAAACUCUUUAGAUCCAGUCAUCUGUGCUUACAUUGUAGAAAGCUUGGUUUUACAUUGCAGCAGCACUCUUGAUGCCAAGAGAUGUUUUGUCAAGUUCUGUUAGUAUCAUUUUU